UUAGUGUCAGAUAUCGUUUAAUAAUUUUCGAUUGAUAAAAUCUGACAAUCUUCUAGAAAUCGCAUAUGAUUGUGAUGAUUAUUUUAUAUAAAUUGUAAAGUAGGAAAAUAUAUAUUAAUUUAUAUAUUUGUGAUCAUUUCUAAUCAAUAAUUCUGAUUAAACAUCUUGCAUAACCUAAUGAAAUAUCGGUCUCCUUUGACCUGCGCUUGAAAUUUAAACUGAUAGUACCAAAAAUCUACAGUCAUUUUUCAUGCCAAGCGCGAUAUGGCGGGAAAUGCUACUUGAUUGUAUAAAUGUGUCAGUCGAUUGUUUAAUAAACAUCCAGUGCAAAAUGUGUUACGUUUUGUGUUAACAUUAUUUGUGUAAUAAAUAGGUUUUAAUAACGAUGGAGUUCGCGGCCACACAAAUCUAUGAGGAUGACGAUGAUGAUGUUCCACCCACUCAGAGAAUUUCACAUACUUCGGACAAUGAAGAGGAAGAGCUGGUACAGGUUGGAACGUUACACAUCAAUUCCAUGGAAUAUAAAAUUAACAAAGGGAUCACAACAAUCGGUAGGCUUAAAAGCUGCAACAUUGUUCUAAAUGAUGUGUCAGUGUCCAAAAAGCAUGCAGAAAUCGAAGUUAUGAAAAAUCAAGGAUCAAAAAUUUGGAUUUGCGAUCUGAAAUCUUCCAACAAGACGAAGCUUGAUGAUGAACCAUUGAUACCCUCACGUUUUUAUGAAAUCAGAGAUGGAAGUGUCAUUCAAUUCGGCAAAGUGAAUGCGACUUAUCACACAUAUCGUUCGACGGUGAUACCAGAAACACCCGCCCCAUCGCGACAAAAUGUCACGGGUACAAUAAUUCCAAGCACUCCGGAUUCAUCUCUCAAUAAUUCGUCCAGCAAUGAUGGAUCCUUUAUCUACGGGACACAAAAAGAAGAACAGAAUAACGUUUUUCGGCGACCGCUGGUUCCACAACAACGUCAGUCUACAAGCAUCGAUAAAAAGAAUAUUUCUCACACAUCCUCCGGUGAAAGCGACGAACAAACUACCACUGUGUCGCAUGCGUCCAACGAAAACCGAGAAGCUAGUAAUAUAUUUGAUAUGGAAACGCAGAAAUUCGAAGAACAUGAAGCAUCAAAUUCUAUUUAUGAUACAGAAACACAAGUAUUUCCCGCGGAUACGUCCAUACAAGUGAAUACUAAGGCUAACAAGCAACUACAAUCAAAGCUAAAUGAUCAAGAUCAAGUAGCCAGCACUUCUGCAACAAAUAUUUACGAUAUGGAAACGCAACAUUAUACGAGCAAAUCGGAGGCUCGAAAGAGCGAAGACAAUAUUUGUAAAGUACCACGGAAGAAACUUUUAAUAGAUAUGCAUGAUGGGCAAACGCAAAAUUAUGUUGAUGAUACUGACAAAGAUGGCAACAAUACGAAAAAUUCCGAAAUUGAUAAAAAUGAGAAUCAAAAGAAAAAUUUAGAUGAAGUUGAAUGCAAUAUUAAUGAUUUAGAGACGCAAAAAUUAAAUAAUAUUGCGGAAGAUAUAUCCAAUGUAGAAACUCAAUUUGAGUUAACCAGCAUUAGAAAUAAAACCAGAAAUAUAUUUGAUAUGGAAACUCAACUUGAUGGCAUUGUAAAUAAUGAUCAAGAUAAUACGGAUAAAGAUACCGCAACAAAAACUAUUAAUGAAAUUAAGGAUGAUAACGUUAUGCAAUCAUGCAGUUCCAGAUCUAGUACUCCUGGAUCUUUGAAUUUAUCAUCACCGGGAGUCGAUAAAGACUGUUCCUUAUUAGAGCAUAGCGACCAUUUGCUUGAAUCGUCAGAUUUAUUGGAAUACUUUGGCGAGGGCCUCGAUAAACAGGAAGAAAUACAAGCAUCUAACACAUCCACACCAAAAUCGCAUGGGAAAGGUUUAUUGAAAAGAGAUAAUACUGAAGACAACAAUGAAGAUAAUAUUUUUGACGUUCCCACUCAAUGCAAUAGUCGCAGACUUGAAGACAGGUCGGACGAAAUCAGCGAAAAAGAUGCGUCUCCAAUAUGCAAAUUUUCGAAGGAAGACUCGAAAGAAAGCAUCGAUGAUGAAAUAGACACAAAGAAAGCUAAAAAGCAGUGUGAAUCUUUAGAAAUUUCGAAUAAAUCUUGCAGCGACAAUACAGAUAAUAAAAAUGAUGCAGCCACAAGCAGUGAAUCUGUAGAUAUAUUUGAUGCACUAACACAAUCGAAUAAUUCUGCUAUUAAGGAUACAUCAAAUUCAUCUGUCAAUCAAUUAUCAAAAAACAAUGAAACUGAUACUGUUGUUGACUCUAUGGCACCGACACAGAUUAUAAACAAUGAUGAAAAUACAGAUGAUCAAGGCAAUCUGACAAACAAGCUUUUAGGAGAUAUUAAUAGUAAUGAUAACGCAAUCGAAGACGGAAAAAAGAAACAUGCAGACCAUAAAAAAACCGAAGAAUCUAUACCAGCGAUUGCAGAUGACAGUCUCGAACAAAAACUUAGUGAAAUGUUUGAGAAUGUAAAUAGCAACAACAUUCAUGAGCCAUCACAUAUAUCGACUCAGACUCUCGAAGAUAUUCUGGAAUCGUCGGAGUGUGAUAAUGACUUAUCUCUUAAUACAUAUAUUACAAACGAAAACCUGCAUACAGAUAAUGUAUUGCAAACGCAAUUGGGAAAGAAAAAUACGGAUACCGAAGCGAAUAAUGCAGAGCUCGAUUCGCAAAAUUCAGAUAAUUAUUUUUCUACUCUUACUACAAGACGAAAAAGAAAUAUUCUAAAAGAUACGCAGGAUAUACUCGUAGAUUCUGUGCAGAACGUAACUCCUCAUACUCAAGCUUCUAAUACUUCACAAAUAGCUAAAGUAGAUAAUGAAGCGGUCGAUAACAAUACAGCUAUGGAAUUAAAUAAAAGAGAAAAGAAGAUCUCAAGAUCAAGUAAUAAACUUGAACCAACGACAGACACUUUAGACGACGAUAACGUAACUGAAACUACUUCAAACCAGAACAACGAAAGAAAUCUUCGACGUUCGACGAAGAAAAGAAGAGAUGAAACCACGCCAGAAAUAAACAGACGAGUUUUAAAAAGACACUCGGACAAAGUCAACAUCGAUGAUAUAGAAAAGGACUCGGGGAGCGUGUCCGAUGUUUGUAUACCUGGUCCAUCAGAAUAUGCAAAGCGUACACGAGCAUCGGACAUGUAUGAGAGCGACGAUGACAUUUUAACACGUUUACCAGCUGUUAGAAUAUCAGGGACGCUUUCAAAUCCAGCGAGUCCUUCUACAUCAUCGACAUCGACUAUGUCUAGUCCAAGGAAAAGAAAAAAUUCAAGGGCAGAAGAAGAAAAGAUCCAAGACCAGAUCCAAAAAAAAGAAAAUAGUUCAAGAUCUAAUCGAGGCAUUGUUAAAGGUAAAAAUAAAGAGACUCUAUCCUUACGGAUUAAAUUACACAAGCAUCCUGUUGAAAAUUCCGAAAAGGACGAAAGUCCAGAUCGAAUACACGAUAAGCCAUCGGUUUCCUCUCUUGAUAAUCAUAUAUCUAAUGCUCUUGAGACCGAUGGAAUAGCAAGACACGAUGUGGACACUUCUGAGGAUUCUGACAGCGAAACGAAUUAUAAACGAUUCAAGCAAAUGGCAGACAGAAUGUUAAAUAAUGAACUCGAUUAUCUGGAACGACGCAAUAAAAAAAACGUACAAGGCAAAAAAAAAAGUGCGCGUUCCUCACCAAACUUAUCGAACAAUUCGAAGCGAAAUAUUACUGAUGAUGAAGCGAGAAGUUUUUUACAGACAAGAGUGACGCGACACUCCAGUAGACAAAAUAACAAAAGUUUGGAUGUAUGUCGCAAAGAAACUAACAUGGAAAAUGAGACCCACGAUAAAUCUGCGAAAUCAGAAGCGAAAUCUGUUGUCGCUGAAAGAAAGAGAACUUCGCAGACGAUUGAAAAAGACGUCGAGCAAACGAAUUCUAGGAAACGUAAAGCAUAUGAAGUCGAGGAAGAUCCGAUUCUUACGCGGGUUCGAAGAAGCACGGUGAAAACAACUAUCGAUAGGCAAUCUCCAAGUAUUCUCAAUUAUUUUACUAGCUCACGUUCAAAUUCCCCGGUGAUUGGAAGUACGAGGUCUUCCCGAAGUAAUAAAACAGUACCUGAAAAUGCAUUAGAAGAAACUCAAAAAGCUUUAAAUUUAGAAGUAGAUGAAAACGUCGAUUCUGGAAGACCCUUUAUUAGACGAAGCAAACGUAAACUUAAUGAUUAUCAAGCUGCAAUGGAUGUUCAUGAUGUAACUGCAAACAAUGGUAAUAGCAGCAAGCAAGUCCAAGCGGAAGAAAGUAAGACUGAGAUAAAUCUAUCACAAGACAAGAUUCUAAAAGUUGUACUUAGUCCUUUAAAGAGCCAUAAAAUUAAUCCUACAGAAGAUAAAUCGCAAGAAGAUGAAUCACAAGAAGUUGAGAUGAUCAUGGGAAGAAAUCUUAUUAAUGUGCAAGACAAGAAUUCAUCAGUUAGAGAAACUAAUACUGCGAAGAUAUUUCAAAGAAGAUCAAGACUCAGGAGCAGUUCACAACUCGAUGUGGAUACAAAGACAGAUUUGACUUCAACUGAGAGCAGUAUGUCAUCUGUAAGUGAUUCUAAUACACAAUCUGAUGAUUCUACAUCGACAGCUAAUAAGCAUAGAAGAUUCACUAAAAGUUCCACAAAAACACAAGUUCCGAAAAAGGAGGAAAUAUUCAAGAAACCUAUUCGAGUCAAUCAGAAAUCUAGUUUAGCCUUUGAUUCUUCAACGGAAAAUUCAGCCAGUGAAAGUAGCCAAAAUAGUAUAGAAAGUGAUACUUUGUCGAGUUCUAGAUCUUUAAAGUCAAAAGUAGCAGGUGUCAGGAAGCAGGAAAAUACUUUGGUGAAUCGAAGUAGAACACGUAGAAUGAUCAAUGACAGUGUCUCAAGCAUAAAUACAAGUAUGGAAACAACUUCUCUUUCACAAACACCUUCCACCAGAAUGAGUAGAAGUAUGUCUGUUUCAAGUAAUUCUACGCCAUCCGCUGUGAAACAUAAAAUUUUGUUUACGGGUAUAACAGAGGAUUACAGCAUAAUUAUUAAAACAUUAGGUGGAAACAAAGUGGAAGACCCAGCAAAGUGUACCAUUCUAGUUACUGAUAAGGUUCGCAGGACAUAUAAAUUUUUAUGCGCGCUGGCUAAAGGUGUACCUAUAGUAGCGAUAAAUUGGCUAAAAGAUAGCGAAUCGGCAGCACGAUUUUUGGAUUGGGAGAGUUACAUACUAAAAGAUCCUGCAGCCGAAGCCAAGUUUGGCUUCAGAUUGAGAAAGAGUCUUGAUAAAGCUAAGGAAAAAAAAUUAUUAGACGGAUAUAUCAUUCUAUUGACAUCAAAUAUUAAACAACCACCUGUAAAAGAGUUAAAAGAUAUGAUAACGUCUUGUGGAGGAAAAGCUUUAUUACGUCCUCCAAAUAACUGGCCCGAAAAUGUGGUAAUAAUAUCCUGCGAAGAAGAUUUGGGAAAUGCAAAAAAAAUGUUGGUGAGGGCACCGCAGACUGCUACUAUACAAUCUACAGAAUUCAUUCUGACUGGUAUUUUGAAGCAAGAGACGAAUUUCGAGAAGUAUAGAAUAACAUGAUUACCAGUGAAUCCUUCUUCCUACUCUCCUUUGAUAAAAACAUCUAUUAAUACUCAGGUAUCAAAAUAUUUGUAUUACUAAUUAUAUUAAGUGUUUAAGAAUUAGUCUAUAAAUAAACAGCAUUAUAUGCUGUUACAUUCCCAGUAAGCAAAAAUUGAUACAAUUGCAAUUGUGUUA